GUUCAUUAGAAAACUAAAGGUUGGAAUUGCCAUUCUCUUUUUCCCCUGCGAAGGGGACGGCUAUGGCGCUGUGCAUCCCAGCCGCAGCGUCAUCGUCGCAAUCCAGCUAUGGCGUGGCGUCCUCCCAGCAUCAGCAGCAGCAGCAGCGCCUGGUAAUCUUCUCUCAGAGGCAACGCGUCGAUCUCCGCCAUGCGCGAUCCAAAACCCCCAAGCUCGUCUUCGCCGCGGCGGCAUCGUCAGGUCUGUUCGCCGCCAGGAUGGCUGGGCCGCGGUCGAGAUUCGUGCCCCGCCAGGCAUCCGCGUCCAUGGAGCUAGACGAUGGAAGCAGCGGCGGCGGCGGCAAUGGUUCCACAGGGGGCUAUGGCGGCGGCUCUGGCGGCGGAGACGAUGGUUCCAGCAGCGAUAAGAACAGGACAGAGGCAUUGCUCGCGCUGGCCAGCCUUGGGAGAUCGCUCGACAACAUCCCGCGAGACCUGGCUUACGCGAUCCAGGAUGGAAGGGUGACAGCGGCCAUUGUGGAGAGAUUUGUGCUGCUGGAGAAGACCCCGCUGCGAGGAUGGCUGCUCCAGUUCAGUGGGUUCACGGAGAGACUCCUGGCCGACGAUUUGUUCCUCACCAAGGUGUUCAUCGAAUGCGGUGUGGGGAUUUUCACCAAGACUGCGGCAGAACUGGAGCGACGCAAGGAGAACUUCUCCAAGGAGUUGGAUUUCGUGUUUGCAGACAUUGUGAUGGCACUGAUUGCCGACUUUAUGCUUGUUUGGCUUCCUGCUCCGACAGUGUCCUUGCGCGCAGCGCCUGCAAUGGAGGCUGGCAAGCUCGCAAAGUUUUUCUAUGGAUGUCCAGACAAUGCUUUUCAGGUUGCCAUCAGAGGGACUUCUUACUCUCUACUGCAGCGGAUGGGAGCUAUUGGGAGAAAUGGAGCAAAGCUUUUAGGUGUUGGAGUUACUGCAUCUCUGGUUGGCACAGCGGUAACGAAUGGUCUCAUCAGUGUGAGAAAGUCACUGGACAAGAACUUCGCUGGUGAGGCUGAAGAUGUGCCGAUUUUCUCUACAAGUCUGGCAUAUGGCGUUUACAUGGCAGUGUCGAGUAACUUGCGGUACCAAAUUUUGGCUGGGGUGGUGGAGCAACGGAUUUUGGAGCCAAUGCUUCACAACAAAAAGCUUGCCCUGAGUGUACUCUGCUUUGCGGUCCGAACAGGCAACACGUUUCUGGGCUCCCUUAUGUGGGUAGAUUAUGCUCGAUGGGUUGGUGUUCAGAAAAUACGUGAAUGAUCUUGUUGAACAAGACGUGGUCUGAAGAAGCAAAUAGAAAUUGAAAUUGCACAAUCAAUGCUCUAGGAUAUUCUUAAAAUUAUUAAUAUAUUAUUAAGAUAUGUGAAAUGAAAUACAAUGUUGUAAA